CAAUGACGGCUUAGGAACUGUGGGUUAACUGCUUGUCCAGGGGCAGAACGACAGAUUUGUACCUUGUCAGCUCGGGGAUUUGAACUUGCAACCUUCCGGUUACUACCGCUACUCGUAUGGAGACAGAUUGUGUUUCAAUGAUUUAACUAUGCAUUGUGAAGAACAAGUUAUGAUGUCCAUUCACCUAUCCAUGUCCAAGCCAUAGCACUGUGAUUGCCGAAGCAGCAGGUUCGUUCAAAACACACCGGCUCGUUCCAACCAGUCAGCAUGGCUGCAGGAGUGGCGGCAUGGCUCCCCUUCGCCCGAGCGGCGGCUAUAGGAUGGAUGCCGGUUGCUACCGGUCCUAUGCCCAUUCCUCCCCGGGAAAAUAAGAAAUCCCAAGACCAGGGACUUAUCAUCCUCAACGUCAGCGGUCAGAAGUUCCAGACGUGGAGUAACACUUUGGAACGCUAUCCGGACACUUUACUGGGGAGCACCGAAAAGGAUUUCUUUUUCCACGAGGAAACAAAAGAGUACUUUUUUGACCGUGACCCUGAUAUUUUUAGACACAUUCUGAAUUUCUAUCGCACGGGAAAACUGCACUACCCACGCCAAGAGUGUAUUGCAGCUUAUGAUGAAGAGUUGUCGUUUUUUGGGAUCAUACCUGAGAUUAUUGGCGACUGUUGCUAUGAGGAGUACAAGGACCGGCGGCGCGAGAACCAGGAGAGGCAGCAAGAUGACGAGGACGAUGAGAAAGAAGAUAUAGCUCCGCUAAACAUGACAUUCCGGGAGUACAUGUGGCGGGCUUUUGAGAACCCCCACACGAGCACCACGGCCCUGGUCCUCUACUAUGUCACCGGGUUUUUCAUAGCCAUCUCAGUCAUGGCCAACGUGGUGGAGACGGUGCCGUGUGGAACCCUCCCCAACCGCGCCAAGGAGAUCUCAUGCGGGGACCGUUACGCAGUGGCCUUCUUCUGCCUGGACACGGCCUGCGUCAUGAUCUUUACCAUCGAGUACCUCUUACGGUUAAUCGCAGCCCCCAGCCGGUACAACUUUAUGAAGAGUGUGAUGAGCAUCAUCGACGUGGUUGCCAUCAUGCCUUACUACAUCGGCUUGGUCAUGACGGACAAUGACCAAGUGAGCGGGGCUUUCGUCACCCUCAGGGUCUUCCGGGUUUUCAGGAUUUUCAAAUUCUCCCGCCACUCUGCGGGGCUGCGUAUCCUGGGCUACACACUGAAGAGCUGCGCCUCGGAGCUGGGCUUCCUCCUCUUCUCCCUCACCAUGGCCAUCAUUAUCUUCGCCACUGUGAUGUUCUACGCAGAGAAGGGCUCCGCUUCCACCAAGUUCACCAGCAUUCCCGCUGCUUUCUGGUACACCAUUGUCACCAUGACAACGCUGGGGUAG